UCAAGUUUGACGCUGUUGUUUGACAUACGCAUUUGAACGGUGAACUGUGAAGAUACUUACGUCAGGCGUGAGGAAAACAAAUAAAUAAUUUUACGCAAUUUUACACGCAUCCGGAUUUUCGCUGCUCAAAGCGUACGAAGAUGAGUGCUAUAACGAAGGCCAGUAGACUGUUUAAUGUUAGAUCUUGCAUUCUGACAAGGAAUAUUUCUCGCAGCUCAGUUAACUAUAGUGAUGAUCCCAACAUUAUUCAUCCCGAAGCACGUGAGCCGCACAUUCCACCUUAUGUGGAGCGGCAAGGGGAAGACAUAACCUUAAAACGAGCUAGGCUCCUUUACCAGUCUCGCAAGCGAGGUAUGUUGGAAAACGGUCUCCUUCUUAGUACUUUUGCCAAAAAGUAUCUCGACAACUUCAACGAAUCCCAAAUGGUACUGUACGAUAGAUUGAUCAACUUGCCUUCAAAUGACUGGGACAUAUUUCACUGGGCUGCAGAAGUUAAGCCGACUCCGUCGGAGUUUGACAAUGAAGUCAUGGACUUGCUCAAAGAGCAUGUUAAAAAUAAAGACAGAGUUAGCAGAUUGAUGCAACCAGAAUUAAUCAAAAGUGAAAAACAGUUACAAACGAUACAGUAUGGAAAACCAAAUGAUCAUCAACAUUGUUCUUUGUUUUGGAGGAGUUAAUAGUGGGUCAGUAUUUUGUAUUUUUUUAUAUAUCCAACUUGCUCACGUGUCAUAUCGGGAACAUUGGAUUUAUUUCUCAGUUUUAGUAUUAAAUUAUUUUGUUGUGUCUCAAAAGUACAAAUUUAAAUAAAAGUU